AUGAUAACAAUCCUCAGACAAAGAGCAAUUGCCGAAUCAACAGUUGAUCCAACGAUCAAUAAAGACGAUAGAGCCAAGGAAUUGAUUGAUGCUUACGAUUUCUUCAUAGAGCAAGAUGAUUCCCAUCUUAUAAAUGGUCAUCAUCUUGCUCAAAAUGAUGGCAAGUUUUGGUACAUGAAUGGCAUAAAGCAACUAAAAGCAAUAAGACCAAUUGGAAAAAGGAUGAUGUCACUUUCGUGCAGUGAAGCAGAUGUAGAACGUGUAAUAUCUGAAUUGCGAAAGACAAGAAAUUCAAUGAACGAAUCAUGCAAAGAAGAAUAUGUAGCAUGCCGCUUCUUCAUCAAGUUGAAUGAUGAUCAAUUUGAUAUUUAA